CAAUUCCCUAAAUGCUGUUCCCUCGUCAUUAGUGUGAUUAAAUGAUAGCGCGACGUCACCGAGCAGCGCAGCCGUCGAGGAAGUGACGUGUCGGUCCGUGCCAGAGCCCAGAGGAAGUUUGUCGCGGCGCAGGGAGAGAAGUUUCCCCGGAGCUGCUGCGCUUGGAGCGGGACUGACCCUGAUACAGCCGCCGCUGUUGGACCGAGCGAGUCGAGCGCGCGUGGAUGCGUGUAGCCGAGCCGGAGACGCGUGCAGUGGGUUCGUGAGGUCGUGUGUUCGCGGGGAGAUGGGGAAGGAGCAGGAGCUGCUGGAGGCGGCGCGCACCGGGAAUCUGGCCGCCGUCGAGAAGCUGCUGUCCGGGAAGAGACCGUCGGCCGGGUCUGCCGCCUCCGGAGGCUCCGGAUCGUCCGGGAAUAUCGGGAGCGGCGGACACAGCUCCUCACACGCGCUCUCCAGUCUGCUCAGCAUCUGGAGGGGCCCAAAUGUGAACUGUGUGGACAGCACUGGAUACACACCUCUACACCACGCUGCUUUAAAUGGACACAGUGAGGUGGUGGAGGCACUCCUGAGGAACGAGGCUCUGACGAACAUCGCUGAUAACAAGGGCUGUUACCCUCUGCACCUGGCGGCGUGGAAGGGGGACCAGCGAAUCGUCAAACUCCUCAUCCACCAGGGUCCAUCUCACCCCAAACUCAACGAACAGAGCGCUCUAGACCACACUGAGUUCAAACGCUGUGGCCCAUUUGACCCCUAUAUUAAUGCCAAGAACAAUGACAACGAGACGCCGCUGCACUGCGCGGCUCAGUACGGACACACUCAGGUGGUGCAGCUGCUGCUGGAGGAGCUGACCGACCCCACCAUGCGCAACAACAAGUUUGAGACGCCGCUGGACCUGGCAGCGCUCUACGGCCGGCUGGACGUGGUCAAACUUCUGCUCAGCGCUCAUCCCAACCUGCUCAGCUCCAACACCAAGAAACACACCCCCCUCCACCUGGCCUCCCGCAACGGACACCUGCCGGUGGUGGAGGUGCUGCUGGCCGCCGGCGUGGACAUCAACUACACGACGGAGAAAGGCAGCGCCCUUCAUGAAGCAGCUCUAUAUGGAAAGACGGAAGUAGUACAAAAACUACUCAACGCAGGGAUCGAUGUGAAUAUCGUGGACGGUAAGAGUCUAACAGCGCUGGACACUGUUAGAGACAUGCCCUCUCAAAAGAGCCGGCAGAUCGCUGCGCUCAUACAAGCUCAUAUGAGUGGCCGUCCGUCAGAAACAAGCCUCCCUCCUCCACCAGUGCCACCUCCUCAAGAGAAGAGCCAAGAGAGCCCCAAGAGAAAAGGAGACAUGGAGCAGCAGGUCAGUGAGCUCAUGUGCGGUUUGUCUGUGGAAGAGAGUCCGUAUGAAGCUCUGUUUGAGGCGUCCUCGUGCGUCUCCCUGGACAGUCUGGCCAGCGGAAAGUCAUCAGACAGAGACUCGGGACGACCCGACAGCGAAGCCGGGAAGAAAGAGCGUCAUCCUCCACAGUCUGCACAGGACGCGGAUCUCAGCUCGGAGGCGGUUUACACUAACAGCAGUGUGGAUGAACGCGCUGAGCCUCUGGAAGAGGAAGAGCCCACAUAUGAACUCUUAGUCUCCGCACAGACCAAAAUCCCCAACAACACUCAAAGCAAAGCAGAUGUGGACGUCUCCGUCAAGUCUUCCAACAGUGUCCUACCUCAGCGAAAGACCACUGCACACAAUGACCUACGACCUUCAGGGUCCAAUACAAACACACUGCAGCCGCCUGCACCUCAUUUUAGCACAGGACAGACGUCUGGAGAGAGCUCCUCGCACGGUGAGGAUACAAGCGCUGCUGUUCCUGAGCAGUUCACUGGUCUGCUUCACGGUUCCUCGCCGGUGGUCGACUGUCAGGAGGAAGCGUUCAGUCUGCCGUCCUCUGGAGUGAAGUCCGGUGAGGCUUCCAGCACUUCGACAUCUGCCAGCUCCGCCCCCCUUCCCCAUCCCAAAUCGGCAGCCACCAUGGAAACCAUUCUCCAGGACACUGACCCCAAAGCUAUCUACGCCACGGUCAACAAAGAGCCGCGGGAUUCAUCGAGAAACAACUCACCGGCACGCGAUUCUCCACAGACGAGAAGGAUGCCUCCGCCAGGUGAUCUCAAACUAGCGCGUAGCCUUUCGAAGUCUGACUCCGACCUGCUGGUGUCUCCACCCGGUGAGGAAGAGACAGGAUUGGGCGGCCGAAGUGAGUCCGUGUCCAACUGUAGCACCACCAAGAGAAGACUGGAAAAAUCACCUUCGUUCACUUCAGAAUGGGACGAGAGACAGAGGCAUUCCCUCUCUAUUCCAUGGAGACAGCGGCCGUCCCAAAGAAUUGAGAAGAUAAUGAACCUAAUUGGAGCCGGCAUCGACUUUUCCAAAGACCAGGAAUGCCCUGUCACAGGUGGAUCCGGGAGGCUGCUUGAACAGCCGGUCGGGGAUUGGUUGGAGCAUAUAGGCCUUCCACAGUAUGAGAGCAAGCUACUGCUCAACGGCUUUGAUGACCUGCGGUACAUGGGAAAUGACGUAAUGGAAGAGCGAGACCUGAGAGAGAUUGGCAUCACGGAUCCGGCUCAUCGCAGGAAGAUCCUCAGUGCUGCACGUUCUCUACCAAAGGUGAAAGCGUUAGGCUGUGACGGCAGCACGUCUCUCUCUGCGUGGCUGGACGUCCUGGGUCUUCAGGAAUACCUGCAGAACUUCCUGUCCAGCGGCUAUCGCACGCUAGAAUGUGUGAAGAGUCUGUGGGAGCUGGAGAUCGUCAAUGUGCUGAAGAUCACGCUGUUGGGCCACAGGAAAAGGAUUAUUGCGUCAUUAGCUGAACGGCCGUAUGAGGAGCCUCCGGUCAAACCACCCCGCCUCUCUCAGAUCAGAUGUCAGGAUCUCAUGUCCCAGACCUCGUCUCCUCUCAGUCACUCAGACUCCUACACGCGCUCCAUGGAUCCCCUGUUACCUGCUGCUGAUUCUGGGAGGAGGAGGGGUCCCGACUCCGAAUAUGACCUGGCUGUUCGACAGCGGCCCAACGACAGACCACAGCCGCAGGAGAGAUUUGAGGAACGUCAACAGGAGCCACGUUUGACCUUACGACCCCCGAGUCAGGCGGCGCCUUACACACCGGUCCAGAACUGGCACCAUCAGCCCGAGAAGCUCAUCUUCGAAUCAUGCGGCUACGAGGCCAAUUAUCUGGGCUCGAUGCUCAUUAAAGAACUAAGAGGAACAGAGUCAACGCAGGACGCCUGUGCUAAAAUGAGGAGGUCGACAGAACAGAUGAGGAAGAUCCCCACCAUCGUCCUCUCCAUCACGUACAAGGGUGUGAAAUUCAUUGACGCUGCCAACAAGAACAUCAUUGCAGAACAUGAGAUCAGGAACAUCUCGUGUGCCGCUCAGGACCCAGAGGACCUCUGCACAUUUGCUUACAUCACUAAAGAUCUGCAGAGCAGCCAUCAUUACUGCCAUGUGUUCAGCACCGUGGAUGUGAACCUGACCUAUGAGAUCAUCCUGACGCUGGGACAGGCGUUUGAAGUGGCCUAUCAGCUGGCCCUGCAGGCCCAGAGGACCAGACAGCAGCAGAGCACAGCCGGAGCCACCGAGAUCAUCCAGACCAAGAGCAGCAGACCUGUCCCCAAACCACGGGGGAGCAUGCGCAAGUCAGGGGUGGAAGCGAUGGAUGUGGACGCUCAGAGCAGUGCCACCUGGAUCCUGGACUCCACAGAUCCCAAACGCACCGUCAGCACCAACUGACCGCUGUGACCGAUGCCAAACAGAAAGGAAAGUUGGGAUGCCAGUGACAGCAUGGAUGACACAUCACUUGUAUUGUGUGUGUGUGUGUGUGUGUGUGUGUGUGUGUGUGUGUGUUUAUAUAUAGAUCUGUGUCAGAAGUCUGCUCGCAUCCAUCAGCAGGUUUUCACCUCGAACACGAGCCAAAGACAAACAAAACGUGUCCCGUCCAGUUCAACACACUUAUCAAAACCCCGCCCCCUCUGAAAAACAUCUCGUUUCAUCAGAUUUCAGACACAUUCAAGGACUAACACUGGAAACGCAGCAGUCGCUGUAUUCUACCGCAAUAACAAGAGCCAGUGUUGACGUUGCUCUUGCUUUGAUUUCUUUGAGUUUGUUUUAUUUUUAUUGCGAAGCGACAGUCGACACGCUCCUGUUUUGUCUGUGAUUUUGGUCUUUCAUCUCACAAAGUGUACAUGCUUUUAUUUUGUCUGAUAACUUUGAAAAUAAAUCCAGUAAGUUAGAAACACUGAUUCAGUUCAUCAAAACACUGAUUAGAGAGAACUGUCUUGUCUUUCGAUGUCCAGUUAAGAUCAAUCCAUCCGUACCUUUGAGUCUUACCGACAGUAUUUUAAGUCAGGUGACCAACAGGCUUUAGUACAAAUGUUUGUCAUGAUAAACAACAUGGGCCAGACCAUUUAAACAUGAGAUUUGUGACUAUGGUGCGAGUUUCGAUAGGAAAGGAAUGGCCUUUGAAGGUCACAGACAGAAACUCAGUGCCAGAUUAGUAGGAGAUAUUCUGUGUUGUGACGUCUUAUGGUACACUAUUAUGAAAAGUUAAUAUGUUUAUGAUGGCAUGAGAAUGGUACAGUCCAGAUCCUGGUACUUGUAGUCACUCUUACACGUAUACUGUGAUUUCUUAUACAAAACAAUGGCGUUAAUGUGACACUACAAACAACAGCGAGUUGUUUUUAUGUGUAGAGUUUUGUGUCUUUCCUUUAGUGAUUAAGUUGCAGAAAGCAGGGUAUGUCUAAAAAAAUUAAAUAACACAUCUGUUAUGGACGAACCUGCGCUUAUGUUUUGUGUAGAUAAUAAUACGUAAAUAUGAGGUGUAGAUGGGAAAUAUUCCUGUAUGCAUUUAGCCCUAUCUUACAAGGAUUUUAAGUCUGGUACUUUUUAUUUAGAUUUUUUAGUUUGUUCUUCAUUUUUAACACGGUACGUUAAAAAUGGGUAUAGUGCUAGAUACAAGCAGAUGCUAAUGCUAGCACCUGUAACAGCCGCAGUGUUUGCACAACUAAUCAUGUUAGCAAAUACAACAGUGACAGUUCGGAUCAUAUUCUUGGCUAAAUGAUUAAAAUAUAUAAACUAUUGUAUUGUAAAGUAAUCUUGGGUGGUCUGUCUUUUGAUACUUGAAUGAUUCUGCUUUUAUAGAUCUCUCUCUCUAUAUAUGUAUAUGUAUGGACUGUAUGUAUUUUUUUUUUCUUUAUAUUUUUGGUCAUGUUUUUGUCAUAUGUAGAAAGGAACGUCUUUUUAAAGCUCAACAUAUCAUGGUGUAAGUGAGCAUGAGACUGACAGUGGAUUCUCUGAGAGAUCAAAGAACGAUUGUAAAUAAUCUUGGGCUUCCAGUCUUUUUUAUGAUUAUUAUUUUUCAUAACUGUACAUCCAAUAAAUGAAGAGAUGGUA